GCAUCACGACUGUAUAAAAGAGGAGGGAGAGAGUCGAGAGGCCACGCACUCAGGACCGACCACUCAGAGGAAGCGACACUUGACAGGACACACAGCAGCCAGCGCCAAGGAUCGAAGACUCAACUCCAGUUUAUUGAAUAUGGACACAAUGAAGAGUGCAAGGAAAGACGAUGCAGGAGAAGUUGGCAGUGAUUUAUCAGAGCAGAUUAAAGCAGCCACUAAGGACAACCAUGUGAGGGCUGAAAACACACAGCUGAUGCUGAGUUACCAGAAAGGACAGAUCACUCUGGUUCAGUACAAGGUCCUGCUGUGCUCCCUCUAUGAGAUCUACAAGGCUCUAGAAGAGGAGCUGGACAGGAAUGCUUCCCAUCCAGCUGUUGCACCAAUUUACUUCCCUCAGGAACUUGCCCGUGUGGAAUCACUGGAAAGAGACCUCGAGCAUUUUUGGGGCUCUGAGUGGAGGAAGAAAGUGAUCGUCCCUGCAGCUACACAGAGAUACGGACAGAGGCUGCGAAAGAUCGGCAGAGAGAACCCAGAGCUGCUGGUGGCCCACGCCUACACUCGCUACCUUGGUGAUCUCUCAGGGGGACAAGUGCUGGGAAAAAUUACCCAGAAAUCUCUCGGUCUGAUCAGCAAAGACGGGCUGUCGUUCUUCCAAUUCCCUGGCGUGAGCAGCCCCAACCGCUUCAAGCAGCUGUACAGGAGCCGGAUGAACAGCAUCGAGCUGACGGAGGAGGAGAAGGCUGCGGUGCUGGAGGAGGCCGUGCUGGCCUUCGAGCUGAACAUACAGGUUUUUGAUGACUUGCAGAAAAUGCUGAGUGUCGCAACGGAAACUGUAAACCAGCCAAGCGACAGAUUCCCAGCAGCCAUCCUCCGAUCGUCACCCAUCCUGCAGUACACCGUGGGACUGUGUUUGGCACUGGCCACUAUUGGAGUGGGAAUCUAUGCCUUGUAGACUUAGCAGCACUCACAGAUGUAAAAAUGUGGUUGUAGCUUCUGGGUGUGAAAAGUGAAGCCAAUGCUCCUUAAACCAGCAUUCUUAUAAAGGUCAAAGGGGAAAAGAGAUAUGAUUUCAAAAGGAAAUCCUGAUGAGUUUAUGGUCUCAAUUAACAGUUUAAAGCAUAAACAGAAAAGAUGCAUGUAGCCAUUGUGACGCCACCUAUUCACUAGUCUUAGAAUCACCAUGAUUUACAAAAAUGGGUUAAUUUUCCAUUCAUUGUGAUCUGAAACUAGUGACCAAAGCCACAGAAUUAUCAGGAAAGCAUUUACUGAGGUCAUAAAGGUUUCUAACCAGGAGUCGCCCCCUGGUGGUGAGAAUACAGGUUUAAAGGUAUCUUGGCUUCACUUUACAAACCCAGAAGCUACAUUAAUCUUUUAUAUCAUUUAAGGUUUGAAGUCUUGCUGAAUGUAAAUUAUAUUUUGCAAGGCUUUGUGGCGUCACUAACCAGUGGGUGACAUAACUAUGGCUCCAUCUAUCUUUUAUAUACAGUCUGUGACAUGCACAUAUUGCACUUUACUCAGUUUUGCUUACUAAAAUGGAACUCACGACUGAAAUUUGUAUCAGCUAUCAAAUCCAAACAAAAGCAGUGAUUUUACUGAACUUGCUGUUUGUAUAUACUUCAAACUGUGUCUCUGUAACUGCCUUUAUGAUCUUUUCAAUUAAAAAAAAAAAAAAAAUGCUCUAAAAGA